CACACGGAAACGCCGUUUACCUUCCUGCCGGAGUGGUACCUAUUUAUCUACUUGCACUUCGUGCUUUCGAACUGCUAGGUUGGCAGGAGCAGGGACCGAGCAAUGGGAGCUCACCCCGUCAUGGGGAUUCGAACCGCCGACCUUCUGAUCGGCAAGCCCUAGGUUCUGUGGUUUAACCCACAGCACCACCCCUUCUAAUUCCUGGAUCCAGCAUGGAUUCAGUUCUUGGACUAGCUAGACCAGCUUGGUAAUGGCCCGCUAAGUAUGAUUUAAGGUAACAAAGGCAGUGGCUCUGUGCAAAUGGGUGGGCCUCCCUCCCUAAACUGCCUGCUAGCCAGGAAGACCAAGGCCAGAGUGCAGAAUUGAGUUAGGAGAGCUAGAAGCUGGAGAAAAAGCUACAGGCUAGAAAGACAGAGGGAGAGUCAUACCUGAUUUCUACUAGAAUCCAAAGUGGUGGCUAUGGGAGAAGGAAGACCCUCUUGGAGUGUGAUGCUGCCAACCCCUCCAUCAUAGGCCCAGGUGGUAUAUAUGUGCAAAGAAACCAUCUCUCUUAAAGACACCACCGUCUCCGCUGUCCCUCAGUCGAAGGAAACAGAACCCUGGAUAAUGUACAGGGAAGGAUUGUGGGAAGAAGGUAAUCAGAGCUAUGAAGGAGAAUUCAUUUUACUGGGAGUGGCUGACCGCCCACGCUUGGAGAUGUUGCUCUUUGGUCUUGUCCUGACCUGCUACACGAUUACCUGGCUGGGUAAUACAACCAUCAUUGUGGUGUCAUGGCUGGACCCCCAUCUCCACACCCCCAUGUAUUUUUUCCUCACCAAUCUCUCUAUCAUUGAUCUUUGCUUCACCACCAGUGUGGGCCCUCAGAUGUUGGUGAACUUCUGGCGGGAAAGGAAUACCAUCAGUUACGGUGCCUGUGUGGCCCAGCUCUACAUCUACCUUGCUUUGGGCUCCACAGAAUGUAUUAUUUUGGUUUCCAUGGCUUAUGACCGCUAUGCUGCUGUCUGCCACCCACUGCGCUAUACUACCAUUAUGAACCACUCUGUAUGCUACAAAAUGGCUGCUGUUGCCUGGGUUAGUGGCCUUUGCAACCCAGUGAUAAUAACAGUGAUGACUCUUCGGCUCCCACGGUGUGGAGAGAACCGAAUAGACAAUUUUUUCUGUGAGGUGCCCGCCUUAAUCAAACUGGCAUGUGUUGACACCACGUUCACUGAAAAUGUGCUCUUUAUUUCCAGUGUGCUGUUCCUUGUAACACCUCUAGGCCUCAUUGUCGUCUCUUAUAGCUUCAUUGUGGCUGCUGUGUUAAGGAUCCGCUCAGCUGAGGGCAGGCGGAAGGCCUUCAACACCUGUGUUUCCCACUUGACUGUCGUGUCUCUCUUUUUUGGAACAGCCCUUUUCACUUACCUCCAACGCCCGUCCAACAACGUUCGUGACCAAGCCAAGAUGGCCUCCCUUUUCUAUACAUUUGUUACCACUAUGCUUAAUCCACUCAUUUAUACCCUGAGGAACAAAGAGGUGCACAAAGCUCUAAGAAGAUUGAUGAAGAGAACUUAA